AUGGUCAAUCCUCAAUUUCAACUUGGUCUCUGCUUCUCUGAUAUGAACACUUUCAGGGAUGCUGUGAAACAACAUGCUGUUAUAAAUGGCAGAGACAUUAAGUUCUCAAAGAAUGAGAAAAACAGAGUUCAAGCAGUAUGCAAACAUGAAAGUUGUCCUUGGAAUGUUUAUGCAUCAAAUAUGAGAGGUGAGGCCACCCUACAAAUUAAAACCAUCCAUGCAGUCCAUGAGUGUAAUAGAAAAGAGAAAGUUGCUUGUGCUACUUCUAGUUGGUUGGCCAACAAGUAUCAGGACAAAUUAAGAAGUGAUCCAAACUGGCCAGUUGACUCAAUGAUGAGUGUUGCUCAGAAGGACUGUAAGCUGUUGUUCAGUAGACACCAAGUGUAUAGGGCCAAAAAAAAGGCUACAGAAAUGAACACUGGCUCAAGUGUGGAACAAUAUGGGCUUGUUUGGAGAUAUGCUGAAGAAAUAAGAAGAUGUAGUCCUAACACCACAAUUAGAAUCAAGACCAGAGAUGAUGGAGGCAAGCUGAAGUUCAAAAGAAUCUACUUAUGUUGGGGAGCACUGAAGCAGGGCUUUCUAGAGGGGUGUAGACCCAUAAUUUUUCUUGAUGGUUGCCACCUGAAGUCCUCUUAUGGGGGGAUUUUAUUAUCUGCUGUGGGGAUAGAUGCCAAUAAUGGUAUCUAUCCAUUUGCUUAUGCAGUUGUUGAGAAGGAGAAGAAAGAUUCAUGGGUGUGGUUUAUGGAGCUGUUGAAAACAGAUUUGGAGAUAGAAAACUGUGGUCUAUGGACUAUUAUGAGUGACAAACAGAAGGGAUUGGUUGAUGCAGUUGAUAUGGUGAUGCCUAACUGUGAGCACAGAUUAUGUGUGAUGCAUUUGUAUUGCAACUUCAAGCUCUCACACAGAGGAUUAGCUCUGAAAAAUAUCUUGUGGCAAGCUGCAAGGGCUUCAAGAGUUGCUGACUUUGACAAAGUAUUGAGGGAGUUGGCUGCAAAAGACAAAAAAAGCAUUUCAAUGGCUUGCCAAAAGGCCAGCAGCACACUGGUCUAG